AUGGACCUCACACCCGUGCUCGGUCUGAUGGGUAUACUCGUACUUCCUGCAGUCGAGGCAUCCAGUAGGACUGAGGCUCCCCUCUCACGCCACAAACGUUACCUUACCUUCCCUGAGGGAAGUACAUUCUCGUUUGCUUUCUGUAUGCAAAUGAAGGCUGUGACACAAGAUAUCGACAUCUUCACAGAGGCGCUGGCCAUCGCCGCCAACUACGACCUGCCAUCCAAGCCGAGCCUUCUCUUCACCUCCAGGCCCAUCCCUCCCGCGCCUAUCAUACACCGCAGACAACGGCGUAGUCUUUACAGCAGGGUCGAGAACAUCCUUAAUUUGGCUGGACUGGACGGUAGAUCCUGUGUGCUUCUGGCGGUUUGUGAAGCCUCCCAGAGACUGACCCCCGGCAUCGGCCUGCUGGAGGAGAUUGUACGGAUCUUGUUCAAGAUGCCAGUGGAGCAGAUGAGCAGAGACGAACCACACGAACACUGGCAGUACAGUACAGCCUACAGCAGUGGAACUUACAAUCUUGACUGUCAGAAACUCUAUCCUAGAUGUCCCCUAUCACUUCUCUCUAUUGUCAUGGAUAUGAAACCUGCCCCUCUACAAUUUUUAUGA